GCAUUGGCGGAGGAGGAGGAGGAGGAGCUGGGGGCAGAGGCAGCGGCGGCAAGCGCAGUCACCGCGAAGGGGCCUGCGACAGCCGGU